UACAGACUUUGUUAUGGAAUGAAUAAAUCAUGGAAAUAAAAGACACCAAAAGGAUUACAGUCAACGAUAUUGUAAUAGCAAGUAAUGGGAGCUGGUAGCUAUACUUGUGUGAACACAAUGUAAUGUAUAAACUUGCCAAACACUAAGUUGUACACCUGAAACUAAUGUAACAGCGUGUGUGCACUAUAAUCAAAUAAAAAAAAAACUCAAUAAUAACUUGAAAAAGAGAGCAAAAGUAAGUUUGUUGAGCACAGAACAGGCAUUUUCAAGGCAUAAUGAGAUCCACAGUUGGGUCACAAGGAAUACAGAUGUAGUAAGUUGGUUAGGGCUGACAGGUGACAAGAUGAAGGAUUUCUGGGAAGAUUUUUAUAUCUGGCAGAGGAUUUCAUCCAAAUGUUUUUGGGAGAGCGUGGGCAAUAACCUAACACUCAAGUCAGAAUGUUUUUAUGUUUUAUGAUUUUUUAUAACAAAUUUGGUAACCAUUGAGGACAUUUUCAUUUUAAAGUUAAUAAUAAAAAUGCACAACAAAAAUAAAUGAAAUAAGUUGUUCAUGUAUUCAUUCUACUUUAUACAAGUGGGGAUGUAUCAAUUAAUAAAGCUUUGGUGCCACCUUCAAUGAAGAGUCCACUACCAUGUGGCUCAGCUCUGUAUUUAAAGAGUCCCAAAGGAACUGAGAAUAAAUUACCGCCCAAAUGUAGACUAAGUGCCAUGGGCAUAUUAGGAAAAGUAAGUACAGCCAAAGGGAAGCCAGGUGAUUGUAUAUGCUAGCAGGUACACUUUUGCUUUUACCUCACUGUAUCACUUAGCUUUCUGGAAAGACGCGUGUCAUGGCAUCACUACACAUCUGAGUUUAUCUGUCCUUGCACCUUUCCUUUCUUGACCGAGGUCUCUUGGGGGAUUUAUACGGUGACCAGGGAAGGUAAAAUUGUUUUAUCUUUGGAUAGUAGUCAAUCUUCCUCUUAUCUAGGGAGCUUUGAAAUGGUUUAGCUUCCAGUCAUAAGGCAGUAUUCCCUGGAAAUCACUUAAAGAACUCUCAGAACUUAAGAACUUCAUUAAGUUCAGGUCAGAACAAUGUUUGUGGUUAUAUGGAAAGAUAAAAGUGAUAAAGAGAAAUUCCUUCACUUAGAGCAGAGGCUAUAGAAAGCUUGCAUGCACUCAAGCCUGCCUUUUUCUCAGUAUGAGAGGCUUUUACAUAACAGAGGCAAGGGAAAACUGAUGACAAAGUAUCCUGAAGUAGUUUAUGAAUGCAUUCUCUCUCACAUAUUAAGUAAAUAAGAAAAUCUGGGGUUGUAUUUAUGACUGGAAUCAUUAGACAUAUCAAAACGUAAGUAUGUGCCAGAUUUGUCAAUAAAUGUGUUUACCUUUCUCCCAUUCCAAAGGUUACUUUGUUGGAAUAAAGCAGGGUGAUCCCCAAUUUAUCACAUCGGCAUAUGUACUAAAACAAAUUUUACAUUUUAGCAUUCCAGUCAUGUUUCAAAAUACAAUAACAGUCUCUGCCUUUUGAUCUGCCAAUGUUGCCGGUAUGUUACAACAAAUAUGUGUCUGUUCCUAAAGGAAGAGAAUGCUGAUUGUCAGGAAUAAAGAAAAUAAAAUAAAAAGACGCAAUACAAGCCUGACAGUUACUCCUACAGACUUACCCAGUUCACCCCAUAGGGAAAAAAAAAAAAAUACAGCAAAUAUUAUUGAGGACUUAGACCGUAGAUAAAAUCUGAUUGAUUUUUAAGAAUAAAAAGAGAAAAAGACAGGUAAAAGUCAUAUAAUUUACAUUUUAGAAAUUUGUGGUUUCUGUAAAGUAAAUUUUACAAAGAAUUUUAUUCAUUCGACUUAUUUAGUCUCCUAGAAAGAAGACAAUGAAAGGUUUCGUUAUCAAAAACACUUCCUUAUCAGUUCCUGCUUGCCCUAAGACAAAUUUGAGAGUUUUAAAAGAUAAAUAGUGGAAAAAGAAAAAACAUAAAACAGUUGUUAAUUUAAAUAAGGAACAUAAAAAUGACAUAAGUGAAACAGUAUGCUGUCAAAAUAUAUUAUUGAUAUAGCUCUACCUAUGUGAGCAUUAACUAAUAUCUCCGGCUUUAGUUUUCUUUCUCAUAAACAGAGAACUUUACUCUUAUCUAUCACUAAGGAAAUUCUAAUAUUUCCUGAUAGACAACACAUUUAUUUCCUCUGCUCAUAUUUAAAAGAAUAUAUAUUAAGAAUAACAUUAAUCAUAGCUACUAUUAAGCUCAGGAAUUGUGAUUUGGUCAUCAGCUUCUACCCAAUUUUAUAAGACAAUGAGGUUUGUAAAUGGCAUCAAAAUUAAAACUCAAAAUUGGACAUUUUGGUCCUAAGAACACAGUCUUAGAAACUGGAAAACAAUGUCUCAAUAUCUAAAUUAGAAACAGAGUAAGUAUUGUUGCAGAAACAUAUUUCCUUUGACUCAGGAGACAUAUCUAGUAAAAUGUUGCUAAAGCUAAUGUCAGAGACAUUGCUGCCUGUGCCCUGCUCUAGAAUUUUUAUGGUUUCAGGUCUCCCAUUUAGGUCUUUAAUCCAUUUGGAGUUUGUGUAUGGUCUAAGAAAGGGGUGUAUUUUCAUUCUUUUGCAUGUCCUGACCAGUUUUCCCAAUACUAUUUGUUGAAGAGACAUUCUUUUUCCCAUUAGAUAUUCUUUCCUGCUUUGUCAAGCCAAGAAACACACUCUUAACCAUAGAGAACAAGAUUAUGGUUACCAGAGAGGAGGUUUGCAGAGGGAUGGGUAAAAUAGGUGAUGGGGUUUAAGGAGUUCAUUUGUCAGGAUGAGCACUGGGUGAUGUAUGGAACUCUGGAAUCACUAUAUUGUACACCUGAAAUGAAUAUAACAGUGUAUGUCAACUAUACUGGAAUUAAAAUAAAAUAAAAACGAAUAGCUAAAUAUUAAAAGAUGUAGUGCGCUAUUAGAAAUUUGGUUACAAAUUUGCUCACAGGUAUAGAUGUGGUAUACAGUCACUCAUGAGGGGACUUUUAACAUAGAUCUGUGAAUACAUUUUUCCUUUUCAACAGGAUGUGCAAAAUGCUUCUGCUGUAAUGGGACUGAGUGGAUACUGCAAAAAUGCAAACAGGAAAAAAGUUCCAUUGGCUUCAUUUCUUGGGGCUAAUAAUACAAACCUUUAAAUCUUCAAUUCCUUUACUAUGCACAUUUUCUUUCUGUUUUGUUUUACAACAGAUUUUGCUUAAAGAAAAUAAAAAAUCAGUAUGAGAAACCAUACAGUGAUUACAGAAUUUGUUCUCUUAGGCAUCUCAGAUGACCCAAAGCUUCAGAUUAUAAUUUUUAUCUUUCUGUUUAUGGCUUAUGUAUUAAGUGUCACCGGAAACCUAACCAUCAUCAUCCUCACCUUAACAGACUUUCAUCUCAAGACUCCUAUGUAUUACUUCCUGAGGAAUUUCUCCUUCUUAGAAAUUACAUUCACCAGUGUGUCUAUUCCCAGAUUUUGGGGGACAAUCAUUACUAAAGUCAAGACCAUUUCCUAUAAUGAUUGUUUAGCUCAGCUAUUUUUCUUCAUCUUCAUGGGUGUGUCUGAGUUUUUUCUUCUCACUGCCAUGUCUUUUGAUCGCUACGUUGCCAUCUGCAGGCCUCUUCGCUACACCACCAUCAUGAACAAGAAAAUCUGCACCCUGCUGGUCUUUGGGUCAUGGCUGGGGGGAUUCCUUACCAUUUUCCCACCACUCAUGCUCAUCCUCCAGCUAGAUUUCUGUGCUGCCAAUGUAAUCGAUCAUUUCUCCUGUGACUAUUUCCCCAUUUUACAACUCUCGUGCUCAGAUACACGGCUUUUAGAGAUGAUUGGCUUUUACUUUGCUUUUGUUACUCUGCUCUUCACAUUGGCAUUCGUGAUUCUUUCCUACAUGUGCAUUCUUAGCACCAUUCUGAGAAUCCCGUCUGCUACUCAGAGGAAAAAGGCUUUCUCCACAUGUUCCUCUCACUUGAUUGUCAUUUCCAUCUCUUAUGGGAGCUGCAUAUUCAUGUAUGUCAAGCCUUCAGCAAAAGAAAGAGCAUCACUGACCAAAGGGGUAGCUAUUCUCAACACCUCAAUUGCCCCUAUGUUGAACCCUUUUAUUUAUACCCUGAGGAACCAGCAAGUAAAACAAGCUUUCCAAAACUUGCUUCAUAAAGUAGUGUUUUCUAGAAACAAAUGAAAGUAUGUAUUAACAUGAAAGGAUGUUAUUGGGAAGAUCCACUAAAGGAAAAACAAAAUUUUGACUUCUACAAUAUGCUUCCAUAUCCACCUCACAGAUACUUGCAAGGCUGUGCUCAUUUGCUUAAGCUUUCUUGUACACUGAAAGUAACUAUGUUGUGUCUUUCUUUCAAAGUGUGUAUACGUUCCAUUUCCUCAUUGAUUUACAAUUCUGAAUAGAAAGGCAGUGGAUA